AUGAUAUGGGUGCAGUUUCUUAGAGAGAAAAAGUUCAAACAAAGUAUACCACAAGUGAAAGUAGAAGAUGGAGAAGAAAUAAGUUAUGAAAAGGCAUCAUCAAAUGCAAUGAGAAGAGGAGCACAUUUCCUAGCAGCCAUACAAGCAAGUGAUGGGCAUUGGCCAAGUGAAACAUCAGGCCCUCUAUUUUACAUCUGUCCUAUGCUAAUUUGCAUCUACAUUAUGGGUUGUAUGGAUAAAGUAUUCAGUCCCGAGCACAAGAAAGAAAUGUUGCGUUACAUUUAUAACCACCAGAAUGAAGAUGGAGGAUGGGCGUUACAUAUUGGUAGUCACAGUAGCAUGUUUUGCACUACCCUCAAUUAUAUCUCUUUACGUUUACUUGGUGAGGGACCUGAUUACGAGCCACUUGUCAUAGCCAGGAAUUGGAUCCGGCAACGCGGUGGUGUCACCUACAUACCUUCGUGGGGAAAGACCUGGCUCUCGAUAUUAAACGUGUUCGAUUGGUGUGGAAGCAAUCCAAUGCCUCCUGAAUGUUGGAUGUUGCCCAGUUGGAUCCCCAUACAUCCAUCAAAAAUGAUGUGCUACACUCGAGUCACCUACCUGCCUUUCUCUUACUUGUAUGGUAAAAGAUUUCAAGCACCAUUGACACCUCUUAUUUUACAAUUAAGAGAUGAACUUCACACCCAACCCUAUGAUCAAAUUGAUUGGAAGAAAGCUCGACACAUGUGUGCUAUGGAAGACCUCUACGUUAAACAUCCCUCUUUUUAUAACUUGCUUUGGGACACUCUUUACUUAGUCAAUGAACCACUCAUGAGCCAAUGGCCUUUUAACAAAUUGAUUCGACAAAGGGCCCUGGAUGAAAUUAUGAGACGUAUUCAUUAUGAGGAUGAAAAUAGUCGCUACAUCAGAUUUAGGUUUUUGCAAUGUCCCUCAAGGGAUCAUUUCGGAGCAGCAAAGCGAGUUAUGCGAUACAUUGCUGGAACUAUAGAAUAUGGUAUUUGGUACUCUAAAGUUUCUGAUUUCAAAUUAUGCAGGUUCACAGACAGUGAUUGGGCGAGCUCCUUGGAUGAUAAACGAAGUGUUUCAGCAGAAUAUGCUGCAGCAACUUCAGCAGCAUGUUAG